AUGAGCUUCAUCCAACGCAUCACGAAACGGCUGCCCAGCGCGCCGAGUCUGCCGUUGGAGGAUGUUCCAACCGAGAAGGGCCACCUCCAUCCUAGAUUCGCCUUUUUCCGAAGGCGGAUUCGCCUAAAGGGCAACUCAUCUAUUUCUAUACCCCUGGGUCUUGUUUUACUAUUUCCAUGCCUUGUAAUUGUCCUUAUUCUGCUCCUCUUUGUCCGACAUCCUGCCUCUCCCGGGGGGAUCCUAAUUCCAGCGGGCACUCCGCCAUCUAUCCGAAAAAUCAGCGAAAAAUAUGAUAAAGUCUUUGCUACGGGCUGUAUGCCUAUUGAGCCCGAUCAAAUCGCAAAGGCUCCCCGCGCCAAUGCCGCCUUCGUCGUCCUUGCCAGAAAUAAGGAGUUGGAGGGCGUGAUCCAGUCGCUCAAGUCAAUCGAGAGACACUUCAACCGGUGGUGGCACUACCCCUAUGUUUUCCUCAACGAUGGUGACUUCGAUGAGGAGUUCAAGGCAACCGUCAAGAACUACACCAGCGCAGAAGUCGAAUUCGGCAAGAUUGACAACAGCAUGUGGGGAUUCCCUGAUUGGGUUGACCAUGAGGUUGCCAAAGAGGGCAUCAAGAAGCAGGGUGACGCUGCCAUCAUGUACGGUGGAAUGGAAAGCUAUCACCACAUGUGCCGAUUCUACUCAGGACACUUCUACAAGCACCCUCUGCUGAUGAAGUAUGAGUGGUACUGGCGUUUGGAGCCCGAGAUCAAGUACUUCUGCGACAUCACCUAUGAUCCAUUCCUGAAGAUGGCCGAGGCAAACAAGACCUAUGGCUUUACAAUUGCAGUGAAAGAGCUUCGCGAGACUGUCCCCAACAUCUUCCGGUAUGCGGCCGCUUACAAGCGCAAGAACAACCUCAAGUCCAAGGGUCUGUGGGAAAUGUUCCUAGAGCAGCCAGAGCAACCAGAGCAACCGGAAACUCCCGAAGAGAACAAGCAGGACAAACUGCCAGAUGAAAUCCUGCAGACAGACCCCGGUGACAACAAUCUGAAGGACGUAGACCCAGAGGCCAUGGAAGGCGAGAGCUACAACAUGUGCCAUUUCUGGAGCAACUUCGAGAUUGCCCGCCUGGAUUGGUUCCGCAGCAAGGAGUAUGAGGACUUCUUCACCAUGAUGGACCAAAGUGGAGGAUUUUGGAAUGAGCGGUGGGGCGAUGCUCCUAUUCACUCUCUCGCCGCAGGUGCUCUCCUCGCGCCUAGUGAUAUUCAUUACUUCCGUGACUUUGGCUACCGCCACACUACCAUUCAGCAUUGCCCGGCCAACGCUCCGGCCCGCCAACUCACCCGUAUCCCUUACCUCGAAAAGACUACCGAUGACGAGAAGAAACGGAUCGAGGAAGACGAAUACUGGGCUAACCCUGACCAAGUCAAGGAGAAUGGUGUCGGUUGCCGAUGCCGCUGCGACACUGACAUUGUCGAUGUUGAGGGCAAGCAAGGCAGCUGUCUCAACGAAUGGGUGGACGUGGCUGGUGGCUGGGCCUCGCCAUAG